AUCAGGUGACGAUGGACAUGUUAUCGAGAAAGCCCUCCAUAUGUAUGGAAUCAAGAGAGAUCGACAUGUAUGUGAACUUUAUCUCGCCAAAAGAGGGCUCACAUAUAUCCCUGACUUAUCAAGAUUUCAAACUUUGACAUGUUUAUGGCUGAACAACAACAAGAUCAAGGAUAUACGCUACAAGGGUCUCAACUGUUGCUUGACAGAACUGUACCUACAAAAUAAUAACAUAACAUCCAUUUCAGGGGCCAUGAAUCAUCUAGCCUGUCUAAGAGUUCUCCUUUUACACAUCAACCAGAUGAAAAGGCUAGAUGAGACAGUGGCAGAGCUGAGGAACAUACAUCAUCUUCAUACUGUUACUUUUUUCCUGAAUCCUUUUGCACAAGAGCCUGAAUAUCGUCAAUAUGUCCUCCAUCACUUGCCAUCUGUGCAAAUACUUGAUCGAAGAGUUGUUAAGCAAGAAGAGAGAAAUACGUCAUUUCAGUUGUUCAACACAGAGCAAUAUCGUGUCCUCCAGUCUUUGGCCUUUGGCAGACGCAUACACACUCCAGCUGCAAAAGAGACAGGAAGUCAUGUUAAUGGAUUUCAACUCAAAGGAUCGGAUGUUUUGACAAGACAUAUCAACAGGCUGAAAUGCCCAUUUGAUGACAUCGCAGACCCCAGUGUGCGAAGAGCCAUGCAGAGGUCCGUCAUGCAAUUCUCAUCUGUGGACUGGAGGUCCUUCCCUACUGCCCAGCAGAGCCAACUAGGAGAUUGUACCCAGCCACAUAUUCCCAACAUCCUCAAAAUAACAUUCAGAUGAUCCAUAUCUGUACCUGUUUCAUAUUAUUUAUCAACUAUACUA